CCAAUACAUUUUAAUGCUCUUUAUUUAUAAGUAACCAAUCAAGCGGUUCAAGAAAAGCUGAAGAGCCGGAGACUGAAGAGCACACUUCCAAUUUCCAAAAGCCAUUCUUGCCUUUUCUCCAUCAUUUCGUUCUCCUUGCGCGGUAGUCUCCACUUCGCGUUGGAACCGUGCCUUUGAGCGGUACCAUUUGGAGCGUUCCUGUUAAAAGUUUCGAACGGCUCGUCGUUUCGGCGGUGAUCAUGGAAGAUACAGAGAGCUGCAGUAGCAGAGCCGUGGAUUUCGCGCCGACUCUUAGUCGGAAGCAGAGGCAGAAGGUCGUAGUGUACAAUCAAGUUCUUCAUCGUCUCAGAGACUUGAGCUUCGCAGAGACCAGUCUUCCUGGUUUUGAGGAUGAGCUUUGGGCGCAUUUUCAUCGCCUCCCUGCUAGGUAUGCAUUGGAUGUGAAUGCCGAGAGGGCACUAGAUGUUCUUAUGCACAAAAGAUUAUUGCAUAUGGCACGCGACCCUGCCACCAGACAUGCAAUUGAAGUCCGUGUCGUGGAGGUUCAUUUUUCUACGGGUGGAAAUUGUAGUCAUUCUUUUCAUUCGAACUCCCAAAUGAAAGUGGAUGCUCAAUGUUCUGAUCAUUCCAGCGAAAAGUGUGUUCAUCCACCGCCUGCCUUUGGUCCGUCAACUGAUGUUGAACCAACUCUUGAAGUCAACCACUUACAUGUUGAAGAUACGCAAAAUGGCAUGACUGAUACUUGUCUUCGUUCCCGGGCAAUGCAUGAAAUUACAAUUUCAACAAAUGACAAGCCCAAACUUUUCAGUCAGAUCAGGCUUCUGCAAGAUCUGAUGAUGGAUAGAAUAGUUGAUUUGAUACUUAUAUGUGGAACUUCCAAAAGUAAUUUACUACUGAGUUACUUACUGUCUGACGUUGGCUUGAACAUUCAAGAAGCGCAUGCUUUUUCCACUACAGAUGGCUACUCUUUGGAUGUUUUUGUUGUUGAUGGCUGGGCACUUGAGGAGAUCGAGCAGCUUAGAAAUACACUGCUAAAGAAAUUACCAAGAAUUCAGGGGGAGCAAGAGCAAACUGGGAGAGAUAAUGUAAAUGUAUCCACUGGUGGAAUCAAUGUCUGGGAAAUUGAUACAAGCCUGUUGAAAUAUGAAAAGAAAAUUGCAUCUGUCUCAUUUUGUGACUUGUAUAAAGGUACUUUUUGUAAUCAAGAUGUGGCAAUUAAAGUUCUGAGGGCAGAGCACUUAAAUAAAAACAUGCAGAGGGAAUUUGCUCAAGAAGCCAAUAUUAUGAGGAAUAUCCGGCACAAGAAUGUUAUUCAAUUCAUCGGGGCAUGUACAAGUCCUCCAGGCCUUUGUCUUGUCACGGAGUACAUGUCUGGUGGAAGCAUGUAUGACUUCCUGCAUAAACAAAAGAGUGUUUUGACACCUCCAUCCUUAAUCAGAGCAGCAAUUGAUGUUUCUGAGGGAAUGAACUACUUGCACCAAAAUAAUAUAAUCCAUCGCGAUCUGAAAGCUGCCAAUCUUUUGAUUGAUGGAAAUGGAGUUGUCAAGGUUGCUGAUUUUGGCGUUGCUAGAAUGCAAGCACAAUCUGGUGGCAUGACUGCAGAAACUGGAACAUAUCGCUGGAUGGCUCCAGAGCUCAUUGAACAUAAAGCGUAUGAUCACAAAGUUGAUGUCUUCAGUUUUGGAGUUUUACUGUGGGAGCUGCUUACACGAAAGCUUCCAUAUGAGCACUUGACCCCAUUACAAGCAGCAGUUGGUGUGGUCCAGAAGGGUCUGAGGCCUACAAUUCCGGCCAAUACUCAUCCAAAGCUUGUGGAACUGCUCGAGAGAUGCUGGCAGCAAGAUCCAUCUUUGAGACCAGAAUUCUCAGAGAUUAUAGAAAUUUUGGAGCACAUGGCCGAGAUGGAACUUUUGUUAUCUUGUAACAGGUUGAGGACGAGACAAUGCACCGGCAGAAGCGCAAAUCGUCUAGAAGAGUAUCUGCUUUUGGGCAGAGCAGCCAUUGAAGUGGCAAGUGAGAAGACUGUUUAUAACACAUUAACGAUCUUGUUCACUUUAUAUUUUCUUGAUUUGGUUCUUAGUUUUGUAAAUCUAAUUAUGACCACAAUGUAUAAUCCAAUCGCUUCUGUCAGCCCAACCAGGGAAAUGCUGUUCAGUUUGACACGCACAUACACCAUAUGUCAAUAAGAGAACAGCUAAACUGUCUAGAAACUAAUUCUCAUUGAUAAUCUAUUUAUUUUAUAAGCUUGGUUA